UGUGCUGAUAGAGAAGUGGCCCUCGCUUUGAAGUUUUGACUUUGACCACAUUAUCGAAGCAGAGUAAGCAAGAAAGAGAGCCGAAGAAAAGUCUUACCUUCCUUCCUCCUUCCUCUUGCCUCUUGAAGAUAUCUUUUCUGCAUAUAAAGAGCCCACCAUUGCUCUCUUCUACCUGCAGCUCACAGCUUCAUUUUAUCAUCUUCUAUAUACACCUUUACUAAGCUACUUACCUCACUUCAUUAAUCUCUCCUUCUUUUCUUCUCACAACACAAGAGACUGCUUAUAGGGUUAGGCUAUGUGCAGCGGUUCCAAGGGUAAACUUUUCCCUGCAAAUCCCACCAUGGAAGUUGAGUCUGGCAGUCCGAAGUAUGGUAUCUUGUCCAAAUGCUCAGUGUUGCUUGAAUUGUCAGCCUCUGAUGACCUUGUUGGCUUCAAAAGUGAGAUUGAGGAGAAGGGUUUAGAUGUUGAUGAGGCAAGCUAUUGGUAUGGUAGAAGAAUUGGGUUGAAAAAGAUGGGUUUUGAAGAGAGAACGCCUCUUAUGAUUGCAGCCAUGUUUGGAAGUACUAAUGUUUUGAAGUACAUAAUUGGUACUGGGAAAGUUGAUGUCAAUAGAGCCUGUGGUUGGGAUAAGGUUACCGCCCUUCACUGUGCUGUUGCUGGCGGCUCCAAUUCUUUGGUUGAAAUUGUCAAGCUCUUGCUUGAUGCAUCUGCUGAUACUAACUGCAUCGACGCUAAUGGAAACAGACCCAGUGAUCUCUUUACCCCUUCUUUGAAGUCUCCCUGCAAUUCAAGAAGGAAGUUGGUGGAGUUGUUGCUAAAAGGUGAAAGCUUGAGUGAAGAUGAAGAAGAAAAGCUGAUCAUGAUGUCUCUGCCAGCAAAAGAAGGAACCGAGAAGAAAGAAUAUCCAAUUGAUGUGUCUCUGCCAGAUAUAAACAAUGGGAUAUAUGGUACAGAUGAGUUUAGAAUGUACUGUUUUAAGGUUAAGCCUUGCUCGAGGGCAUACUCUCAUGAUUGGACAGAGUGUCCAUUUGUCCAUCCAGGAGAGAAUGCAAGGAGGAGAGACCCAAAGAAAUACCCUUACAGUUGUGUCCCUUGCCCUGAGUUUCGCAAGGGGACAUGCCAGAAGGCUGACUCCUGUGAAUAUGCACAUGGCGUUUUUGAGUCAUGGUUGCAUCCUGCUCAAUAUCGAACCCGGCUAUGCAAGGAUGAGACUGGUUGCUCACGGAAAGUUUGUUUCUUUGCUCACAAGCCUGAGGAGUUGCGGCCUGUAUAUGCUUCCACAGGUUCAGCAAUGCCUUCACCCAAGUCUGUUUCAGUUAGUUCAAUGGACACGGCAACACUGACUCCUUUGAGUCUUGGUUCACCAUCAUUGACAUUGCCUACUGUCUCAACACCACCCAUGUCUCCCUUGGCAGUAGCCUCUUCAUCCCCCAAGAGUGGAGGGUUAUGGCAGAAUAAAGUUAACCUCAACCCACCCGCUUUGCAGCUCCCAGGAAGUAGGCUAAAGACGGCGUUAUGUGCUAGAGAUUUGGAUUUGGAGAUGGAAUUGCUUGGGCUGGAAAAUCACAUUAGCCAACUUCAGCAACAGCAAUUGAUGGAUGAGAUAUCUGGUCUAUCCUCUCCAUCUUGUUGGAGCAAGGACUUCAACAGGAUUGGAGAUUUGAAGCCUACUAACCUUGAUGAUGUUUUUGGAUCUUUCGAUCCUUCUCUGUUGUCUCCAUUGCAGGGGAUGUCAUUAAAAUCUUCAACACCGACCCAAUUGCAAUCUCCUACUGGACUUCAGAUUCGCCAAAAUAUGAAUCAAUCUCGUUCAAGCUACCCGGCUAAUCUCUCCUCCACUUCUGUGAGGAAACCUGCGUCAUAUGGGUUUGAUUCAUCUGCUGCAGUGGCUGCAGCUGUGAUGAAUUCAAGGUCUUCUGCCUUUGCUAAGCGGAGCCAUAGUUUCAUUGAUCGUGGAGCAGCAGGAACCAACCGUCUUGGCAUCACUGCAGCAGCAAAUUCUGUAUCCAUGGUGUCCUCCAAUCUUUCAGAUUGGAGCUCUCCUGAUGGAAAACUUGAUUGGGGUGUUCAAGGAGAUGAGCUGAACAAGCUCAAGAAGUCUGCUUCAUUUGGAUUUCGUAACAACAAUCACACAACAGCGGCAGACUUGACACUAUCCAAUGUCAACGAGCCUGAUGUGUCUUGGGUUAAUUCCUUGGUUAAAGACGUUCCUACUGCUGGGCUUGGUGCAGAGAAGCAAUACAAUCUCAGUAAAGGAGUCCAUGAAUCGCUUCCACCAUGGAUGGAGCAGUUGUACAUAGAACAAGAGCAGAUAGUGGCAUAAGCAACAUCUGUGCGCUUGAAGCUUAUGUGACAAAUUCAAUACUAUUUGAAUUCAUAUUAGUAACUGAUAAUUGUAUUUAUGUUUAGAACACUUAAAUAGAACUAAAGUGCAGACCAGUGAAGACCGAAAACUCUCUGCAGGAAGUCUCUGCUCAUAUAAUUGAUAGGCCAAGUGAGGAAUUAGAAUAAAUUUUAUUAAAAGGGACAAGAGAGGUGAAAUUUUUUUAAUUAUUUAUAUUCUUAUUUCUUUUUCUCCCAAGUGAGGAGAUUGUACUUUGAAUUUCUGAGUAAAGUUUAAGAUUCAAUGCAAUAUGGAGAGAGUAUAAUUUCUCUGAUCAAACUUCUGUAAGCAAGAAAAAAGAAGAAAAAAAGGCUCUUGGGGCUUCUCCUUCAUGUUGGCUUAUAUUAACAGCUUAUAGUAAAAUGCUAUUUUUUUUUUUUUC